AGACGUGGCGCGUCCAAACCCUACAAAACCCUAGCUGCAGUUGAUCGCCUUCUUCGCCUUUCUCAGGAAACCCUAAUUUCGUUUCAGGAUCAACUCGAACUUCAGAGGAUAUGGGCGAAGAAGCUAAGGCCAUAAUUCCAGAGUCGGUUUUGAAGAAAGAAAGGAGGAAUGAGGAGUGGGCUUCGGCAAGUAAGCAAGAACAGGAGGCUGCAAAGAAGAAGAGAGCAGACACCAGGAAAUUGAUUUACAAUCGUGCUAAAUUGUACUCGAAGGAAUAUGAAGAGCAGGAAAAGGAGCUCAUUAGGCUGAAGCGAGAAGCAAAGUUGAAGGGAGGGUUUUAUGUUGACCCUGAGGCCAAGCUUUUGUUUAUCAUCCGCAUUCGAGGUAUCAAUGCGAUGCACCCUAAGACCAGAAUGAUAUUGCAGCUUUUGAGAUUGAGACAGAUAUUCAAUGGUGUAUUUCUGAAAGUAAACAAAGCAACCCUAAAUAUGCUUCACAGGGUUGAGCCUUAUGUUACUUAUGGUUACCCCAAUCUGAAGAGCGUGAGAGAACUCAUCUAUAAGAGGGGCUAUGGGAAACUAAACAAGCAGAGAACUGCUUUGACUGACAACUCAAUCGUCGAACAGGCGCUGGGUAAACAUGGAAUUUUGAGCGUGGAAGAUCUUAUACACGAGAUCAUGACAGUUGGACCUCAUUUUAAAGAGGCAAAUAACUUCCUGUGGCCAUUCAAGCUGAAGGCACCGUUGGGUGGUUUGAAAAAGAAGAGGAACCACUAUGUUGAAGGAGGAGAUGCUGGAAAUCGUGAAAAUUAUAUCAAUGAGCUUAUCAGAAGAAUGAACUAGUUUUUCUAUUUCUUGUUUAUGGAGGAGGUUUCUAUUACCUUUAUUAGAUGGGGGAAUUUGAAUCUGAACUUUUAUACUCUAUUGCGAAGUUUGACAUCUUUUGUUAGUUGUUUGGAGGACAUUAAUUAAUUUCUUCAAAAUUUUGUUAAAUUUUGAUUGAGUGGAUAUCUUGGAAAUUUGAUCGAGUUCAAUUAUUUAUA